AUGUACUGCUUGCAGUAUCGACAGCAAAUUGCCGCUCAGUGGUUCCUCUCUAACAUUUCUCUGGAUGGUACCUGCACUGGCACUUCCAAGAAGCCUUGUACCGAGGAAGGUACACUUGUACAGCCGUUCCUUGGAGCCGAUGGUACUGAGUAUGCAAGGAAAGAUCCUUCCGAAUCUGGUAGCACGCACGCCGUUAGUGAGAAUCCAUCACCAUCAAGCAACGAGAAAUUCGACCUGUGUCAUUCGGAGGAGCUAACCUCGCUAUGGCAAAAUGCGUGUCACAGCGCGAGCACCCACGACUCGUCUGAGCAUGCGGCUGGGUCGUUUCGGCAACGAGUUAGGUCGUGUGGUGCUCCACAACGGUCGAUGUCAUCGGUGACUGGACUGCCUCUUGCCGACGAGGAGGCGCUCAGUCCUCAUGACAACAAUUCUUUCCGGUUUGCAAUCUCGACUAUGAGUUUACGAAACCCACCCCUCGUUAUUGCCUCAGUCAUCCCACUGUCUCGUGAUCCUCUGAUGCAGACGGGCGUUGCAAAAUGUCAAUGUACCCCAUCAAGUACCACUCCAGGUGGCAUGAACAGACAGCGCUCCGUCCCGGAAACUCCGUCGGCACUGUUCAAUGCCCUCUUCCGCCACACGGGCUGGUCCGGCUCGAUUACUCAGGAUAGCUGGACGGAGGCCAUCACGGCAACCGCGCCACUUGUCGCCAAACCUCUGAACCAUCUCAAAUCAGUUAACUUCGAGGAGUGUUCCUACGCUCACCUCCUCGCGCCACGCAAGUCGCAAGGCCAGCCAGUUCGGCGAGCACGUCGCAGAGCCGAGACGGUUGGCGACGAUGUUGGCCUUGCUUCAAGGUCCCAGCCUCCGCGUGGGUCUCCGCAGUGUCGUACUCGAUCCCAGACCCUCUCGCUAUCCAGCGUAGCCUCAGCGAGCUCCAAACACGAGGACAGUCCCUUCGUUGUCGGUCAGCAGCAGGUGCAGUCGUCAAGCACGUCAGCGACUGGAACACCCGGCAUUACCCGAGGCGGGCCAUCGGUCCGUUUUCGUGCCGAAUCAUCAAGCUCUGAGAACGUCGAUUUACUGCAGGGGGCGGUGGCGGCGGCGGCGGCGUCACAUAAUGCGCCUCCCCUCACCCCUGUUCUCUACGACGAUCCCCUGGUCAACUACAACCCUCACCUUCUUGAUGACCCUACGAUCCCUCAGAAGACGAAUUUUCGGGUCUUCUCCUUGUCGGGCUACGUGACCAGCAUUCUCGGCUACCGACGUCCGAAUGAGCACAAACGUAACAUCAACCGCGAAUUCCACCAGCGUUUUCCAAACAUCCAACUCACUUUGACUAAAAUGCGAAGCAUCAAACUCGCUCUCCUCUCGAUUGCCUUUCGACUAUUCGUGUGCAAAGUGAAUCGAAAGUUGUGCGCGGGAGCCGCGAUGUUGAUAAGCGCCAAGUUGAACGAUCUCAAGGGCGCAGCUCUGCUCAGCCUCAUUCAGAAUUGUAGAAAACUAGUCAUUUCAAACACGAGUGGUUACGAAGACAUCCCUGACGGCACUACUGAUGCCUUUUUUGUAUCCAUCACUUUGGAGACAGAUGCUAGCGUUGAAGCGCAUUACACGGCGUUUAAUGCGACAGAAUCCCGCAACGAGGCGUUUUACCUCCAAGUUGGCAACCACACUCACUGGAGCAUGAGUUGGACAGCAGUGGCCGUGGCAAAUGUAGGCGUUGUGUGCGAAUGGGAAUCGCCAAGGUCGGAAUAG